AUGCCCAAACCCACCCUCCCUGCCGGCCCAUACUUCGGCCCCAUCCCUUACCAAUACCCUCUCUACCAACCACAUUUACUCCCUGGUCCUACCCAGCCUGUUCUUCCCUACAUCCCCACGUGCCCUCCUUACCACGUACAGAUCCACGUCCAGCCGCAGCCCCAGCAGCCAUUGAUAACGCACCAGGGAAUGCUUUUUCAGGAAGAUGGGUAUCCGGGUCCAGGUUCGCUACCCCCUGGUGGAAGGUGGGCGGUGACGAUGGAGAGGGAUGGGAGGAGGACGUUGUGGACUAUUAUGCCUGGGGAGACGAGACCUUCGGGUUGGGCGUAUGAAUAG